AACCAGUAGAAGACCAACAAAAACUAAACAAAAACAGACAGGAUGGAUCGAGGGACGGAUCGAUUGGACUCAGCUGACUUCGACUUGGAGGAUGCGAUCAACGAGCUAUGUCCACAUGAAUCCUCUUCAGCAAGCCUCCCUCUGCUCCAGAUCUUACUCCGCCAACGUCUACUCGAAUGCACCCACCAAACAGCCAUCUUGAGGGCCGAACUACAGGCUGCUUGCGACUCGGGAGAUGGCCAAUCAGGCUGCAUCGAAAACAUUCAGGAAGGCAUCGGGGCAUUAUUAACAACACUAUCCACCAUCCGAUCUUCAUCAACCGAAGCUCAAUCAGUCGUCGAAUCGAUCACCAAGGAGAUCAGGACACUCGACCUGGCAAAGCUCAAUAUCGAAAGCGCAAUAGCCGGCUUGAAGAGAUUAGGAAUGUUAGUGAAUGCUUUCGAUCAAUUAACUCGACUCGCCAAGGGCCGCAAGUACCGCGAAACGGCCUCGGCCCUCCAAGCCGUCCAAAGCUUAUCAGUCCAUCUCGAUCAACUCGCCAGCAGUGUGCCCCGCGUCGCAAGCCUGUUCAAAGCUCUCCAAGAGACUCAAGGCUUACUACGGAGGACCAUCAUGGAAGAGUUUUCAACUGCAUUCGAGGACAAGAGCGUGGCUAUCAACAGAGGACAACUAGCCGACUCAUGUCUGGUAAUUGAUGCACUCGGGCCAGAUGCACGUGGCUCGUUGAUCGACUGGUAUACGACUUUCCAACUGCGUGAAUACCGCCGGAUCUUUUCAGGUGCGAGCUCAGAAGCCGGCCAACUCGAUAACAUCUCCCGAAGAUACGCCUGGUUCCGACGGACGCUGAAGAGCCACGAGGAAGAUCCGAAUGGCGGGGCUCGGAUCUUCCCCGAGUCGUGGAUGGUCCAAGUCAGUCUCUGUGGUCAGUUUGGUGAAGCCACUAGGGAAGACCUUAAGGAUGUCCUCGCUCGUUCUCGCUCGACUCUCAAAGUAGACGUCCUACUCCAAGCACUCCAAAUCACCACCACUUUCGAGAGGGAAAUGUCCCAAAGGUUUGAAAUGCCGUACGAGGACAUUGCCGCCAGAUCUAAAUCUGCUCACGUUGGGAACGCCACUCCAAUCCGGACUGCUUUCGAAGCUUACCUCGGCAUCUUUGUUGAUGCUCAGGAUAGUGCAUUGUCUGAUAUGUUUAACCAGUUCCGAUCUUCAAUCCCCAAGCUAUCGGACUUCGUUGAUGUCCGGCCCGAUGAUCGACCAUCAGCAAUCCUACCCUCAUCGAUGGAGCUGUUCCACUUUUACCGAUCGACCCUGGAUCGAUGUGCAGCCCUGACGACCCGGAAACCGUUCCUUGAUCUAUGUGAGGUAUACAAAAAGUGGCUGAAAGUUUACAGCGAAGAGAUCCUCUCAGCGAGUCUCUCUGGAGCGAUUACUGCCCAUACUAGUCGUCCCUCUGGGCCCGCUGCCGUCCACGAAUCGUCUAAUUUUGAUUCUGGUCUCAAAGUCGCAACAUCCUCGUUCUUGCUUUGUGCCUGCGCCAUUCUCAACACGGCUAAUUAUUGUGCAGAGACCGCCGACCAGCUACAGACCAAGCUGCAAGACACAAUCAGCCAAGACUUCAAGUCUCAAGUCACGCUCGACAGUCAACAGGACCUAUUCCGAGGAAAUAUCUCGUCGGCCAUCUCGGCUCUUCUGAAGGAGUAUGAGGACGUCUCUGAGAUGGCAUUCACGGCUAUGGUCAAAUUACAGUGGAAGGAGAUCGAGUUCGUGUCCGCCGAAAGUGCCUAUGUUCACGACCUUAUCAAAAUCACUUCCUCUGUCACCGAUCUCAUCAAGAUGCACGUCGAGCAAAAGAAAUACGUCCGCAGUUUCUGCGAUAAAGUAGUAGGGACAUUAGUUAGUCGAUUCACGCGCUCGAUCGUCCGUUGUCGACCGAUCACGCCGAUCGGGGCCGAACAGAUGAUCCUCGACCUCCAAGUGUUGAAGAACCAUCUGCUGCUCUUGCCUCGGCUGGAGCCCGACACCCCGGUUACCUCCUCAUACACCCGCUACCUGACCAAGAGCAUCGGCAAAUUGGACACCCUCUUAAAGGUUAUCAUGUCCCCUGUUGAACCCCCGGACGAAUUUGUGAAACAUUACCUGCUCCUCGUCCCUUGUCAAUCCUUCUCUGAUUUCCAAAAAGUCUUGGACUUCAAGGGAGGAAAACCACAAGACCAGAACCGAUUAUUAGACGUCUUUCUAGCGGUGACCUCAGUCCAACCGGACCUAGCCGACAGCUCGUUCCUCUCGAGCAUCGACAUGAACCCGGAUGGCUCGACGGGGCAGGGAGGGAGUGGGGGCGGAGGAGGGGUCUCGUUGCUCCAGUUCACCCGGACCUCCGAGGCGGCCCGUAAAGCCGCGGCGAAUUCCUCACUCACUUCAUCGACCUCUGAUCCGUCCCUCCUCGACCAUAAUAACCUGGCCGCUUCUUCCGCUGUCGCUCCUGCUUCUAGCGCUUUCACUGAUUUUAGAAGGUUCGGUCAGAAGUUGGGGAUGGGAUUGCGCUUCUCUCGUGAGACUAAGGCCGAAUAA